AUGAGACGAGGAUCUGCUCGGCGAGUACCUCCUCCUCCUGCCGCCGCAGCCGUCCUCGUCUGCAAGCAGUGGCGCCGCCUCGUCUCCGACCCGCAUUUCCUCCGCCGCUUCCGCGGCCGCCACACGAAGCCGCCCCUCCUCGGCUUCUUCUCCCGCGACCUCGACGGCUGCAAGGUCGAGUUCACCCCCGCGUUGGACCCGCCGGACCGCGUGCCCCCCGCGCGCUUCUCUCUGCGUCUCGGACGGCGCCGACAGCAUCGUCCUCGGCUGCCGCCACGGCCGCGUACUCGCCGUCGACUGGGCGUAUCUCCACCUCCUGAUUUGGGAUCCAGCUGCCGGCGACCGGCUCCCCGUUGCGAUUCCACCGGUCUUCGAUCGCAUGCCCUACAAAAUCAAUGGCGCAAUCGUCUGCGCCACCGGCGACGAAGGCCACACGCACGGAGAUUGCCGCUCCAACCCAUUCCAGGUGAUAACGCGUUGUGGCCGGGCCCCAUCCCCCCGGGCGCUCCCAGCCAUCCCUUCUUCUUUAAUGAUUGUCGCAGUACCCUGGUUGGGAGUUGCAUUUACUGGUUGAUUGUUGGGCUGAGGGCUUCCAUCCUUAAGUUCGAAUUGGGGGCGCAGAGCCUAGCUGUUAUAGAGGCACCACCGAAUGUGUACCAAGUCCAAGCAUUAGUCCAUCGCAAGCGCCAAUUCUUGAUUACACCUGCAGAUGGUGGCGUGCUUGGCUUCCUUGUUUUCUCAAUGCCAGGCUUCAGUGCCCAGUUAUGGAAGAGGGAUGAUGUUGCAGGAUGGGUGCUUGGGAAUACUAUUGAACUAAGCAACCUUCUUUCACUGACACCAAGUGUGGAUACGGCUCCCCCAAGGAUAGUAGGGUUUUCUGAAGGUGAUAAUGAGAUACUUCUGCAGACAUAUGAUGGUGCAUUCAUGGUCCAUUUGGAGUCAUUGCUAUUCAAGAAAGUUUCUGAAAGAAUGCCUUGCCAUCUUUAUCAUCCAUUCGCGAGUUUCUAUCCUGCAGGUACUUGUUAAGACUUCAGUCAUGGUUGCUGGGCUCCAAAUGUUCUAUCAGAAUAGGCACUUUCAUUGUGUAUACUGUGUCUCGUGAUGUUUUACUUGUGAAUUGGAACUAUAAUAAUGGGCAUAAUGGCUUUC